ACUGCGUUGAUCAAUCUCCAAAGUGAGUUUUCAUCCGACUCCGAGACUCGGAUCUUACUUUCUAUAACGCACGACACUAACUAACGAGACGAUAGGGAACAUACCCAUAACCAUACAAUUGGCUUCUAUACCCCGGACAGAAAUAUCUCUUUAUCACCAUGUCCCAGCAACCUGCAUCCAAUGUCUACGCCUUCACCCACAGCGAAGCUGUGCUUCGCACCCAUCAGUGGCGAACUGUGAAGAACUCCGCCGCUUACCUGCUUCCUUACCUGCGGCCUAACAUGGCCAUAUUGGACGUAGGCUGCGGGCCAGGUACUCUUACAACUGAUCUUGCCCGUCAUGUCCCGGACGGACACGUUACCGGUAUUGAGACUACGGACGCACCACUUGGCGAAGCUCGCAAGUUUGCAGAGCAAGCGGGCGUCAAAAACGUCAGCUUCACAGAGGGAGAUGUCCUAAACCUUGAAAAUUACAAAGAUGAGACUUUUGAUGUUGUGCAUGCGCAUCAAGUCUUGCAGCAUGUUCCUGAUCCUGUCAAAGCGCUUAGCGAGAUGCGGAGGGUCACUAAGAAAGGUGGAAUCGUAGCAGCGCGCGAGUCUGCAGACAUGACGUGGUACCCUCGACUUAAGGGAUUGGAUGAUUUCUUUGACGUUUAUAUGAAAGUCGCGAAGAAAAAGGGUGGGAACCCAAAUCCGGGGUCUUAUAUUCAUGUCUGGGCACAGGAAGCUGGAUUCGCGAGAGAUGAUAUAACUUGCACGGCGGGUGCAUGGUGUUUUAGUUCACCUCAAGACAGACAAUACUGGGGUGGAGCGUUCUCUGAGCGAGUCAUCUCGCCAGGGUACGUAGAGAAUGCGGUGAAUGGCGGUGUUUGUGAAAAGGACGACCUAGAACGGAUCUCGGAAAGCUGGAAGGAGUGGGUGAGGUCAAAGGAUGGAUGGUUCACGGUGACACAUGGAGAAAUUAUUUGUCGGAAGUAGAGAUCCUGUAGCCCGGUCAAGAACAAUAUGGUUCCAAAUUCCAUAGAUACGCGGAUGGCACGAAUAUAGUGGA